AUGGAGAUCUUCGAAAUGGAGCUUGACAAGCCCCUGGAGGGGGCCAUGUCGAACGAUGGCCACCUCACCAGGCCAUUCUCAGACGACAUCGACGCAUCCCUCGAUUCCGAUCGUGAUCGAUCCAGCUCGAGCUCGUCGCCUUCCCCGCGCCAUCACAAGCAACAUACUCAACUGCACCACCAGCAUCAACAACUUCAUCCUCAUCCUCUACACAUUCACCCCAAGCGCCAUCACGAGCAUUCGCACCCGAAGUGGGACCCCGCAUUUCCCUCGCCCUCUUCAUCAUCUGGCUCAUCCGCUUCAUCCUCAACAGCCUCUUCUGUUUCCUCGGUUUCGCCCACAUCAAUGUGGGAAGAUGGCAGCCCCGGCCAGCGCAAGGCCUCUACCACCAUCCCCGCGGGCGCACCUCGCCUGCGGCCCCACGGUCAAGCCGCCGCCCCUGGGCUGGUGCCAUCCGGUGCCGGACGAGCGGGCGAGGCCGCACACCACAACCCGCAACAGCCGCUGCCCGUGGCGGCAGCCAAACCGGAACACGUAGACCAUCAUCAACAUCAACAACAACCGAAACGGGAAGGAGGCACGGCGGCGACAGCAACAGCGGUAGAGGAACGGACCAGUGGAGCGGAAACCAGGGAGGGAGAGGAGGCAAAGGAAAUGGGACAACCAAACAACAGCACCGCCGCUGCUGGCGGCAGAGCGGCAAGCAACACCAAGUACAAUCAGAUGAAGGCCAAGUACCUGCGGUCGCUCAACUUCAACGAGCAGGACGUGCAGAAGCGAGUUCUCAAUGGACGUCAUCGAUCGCUGUCCCUCCCCGUGGCGCGACCCAACCUGGUUCCGCCGCCGUCGCAGGCGCUGAUUCAACAACAGCAGAGCCAGAUGGGGGCAUCGCCGCCGUCGUCGUCUUCGUCGUCGUGCUCGUCGUCAUCGUCUUCGCCGCUGCAAUCGCCGUCGGAGGGUCCUCACCCGACAGCCAUUCCCAUCCCUACGCGCCGCGGCAGUCAGGCGCAGGCGGUGCCUCCAGGCGGGCUGGGUCUCUCCGACUUCUCCCUCGCUCCCGAGCCUGGAGUCAAGCUUGAAUCUUCGUCGUUUGUACCGCCGCACGAGCUCGUGAAGCGAGACACGUUCUCUGUGUGGCAGUACGAAAAGAAGAAGAACGCCGCCUACAAGGCCCUCUGA